AGGUUAGUGUUGGUCCAUGCUCUAUUCAAAACUUUACCGUCAAUCCGCCAUAUACUGCUGUUGUGAUUGCCGGUUGUUGAGUUGUUUUUCUUUUCGUUUCGCUUCGCCAUCCGGAAAAAGGACUUCCGCGUUGGACGUGACAAUAGCCACUUCGAUUAUUUAAUUUUUCCGUAAAUUAUUAAAUACACUAUACUACACAAUGGGUUUUGACCGUGGUGGCCGUGGUGGUGGUCGAGGAAGAGGUGGUGGUGGAGCUCCUCGAUUUUCGGGAGGCGGAGGACGUGGUGGUUUUGGCGGUGGUGGUCGUGGUGGCGGCGGUGGUCGAGGAGGUGGCGGCGGUUUCCGUGGACGAGGUGCUGGUGGUCGUGGUGGAGGUGGCCGAGGUGGUGGUGGAAGGCCAUCUGGAGGACCUGGAGGCUUCAAAGGCGGAAAGAAAGUUAUAAUUGAGCCUCAUCGUCAUGCUGGAGUCUUCGUUGCCCGUGGCAAAGAAGAUGCACUUGUCACCAAAAACAUGAUUCCCGGAGAAACCAUCUAUGGUGAAAAGAGAAUUAGUGUUGAUCAGACUGAAGGAGACAAAAUUGAAUACCGUGUAUGGAAUCCGUUUAGAUCAAAAUUAGCUGCUGCUAUAUUAGGUGGAAUUGAUGAAAUCCAUAUGCCACCUGGGUCUAAAGUAUUAUAUUUAGGUGCUGCUAGUGGAACGACUGUAUCUCAUGUUUCUGAUGUAGUUGGACCUGAAGGCCUUGUUUAUGCAGUAGAAUUCUCACACAGAUCCGGUCGUGAUUUGAUUAAUGUUGCUAAGAAAAGAACUAAUAUCAUUCCUAUUAUUGAAGACGCACGACAUCCACAUAAAUACAGAAUGUUAAUUGGAAUGGUAGAUACAAUUUUUGCUGAUGUAGCUCAACCUGAUCAAGCUAGAAUUGUUUCAAUUAAUGCACAAUAUUUUUUAAAGAACGAAGGUCAUUUUGUAAUAUCUAUUAAAGCAAAUUGUAUUGACAGUACAGCUGAACCAGCUGCUGUAUUUGCACAAGAAAUCGAGAAACUAAAAACUGAUAAGCUGAAACCAACUGAACAGCUUACUCUGGAGCCCUAUGAAAGAGAUCACGCUGUUGUAGUUGGCGUAUUUAGACCAGUUCCAAAGGGAAAGUAAACUUCAACUAAAUGAUUUUUAAAUACAUAACAAGUUUUUGUACAAAUACUCGAUGAAACCAAUGUUUUUACUUAAAAAAAAUAAGUAUUUUUAAGCAUUUUAUUGCUAAUAAAAAUUGGAUUAUAAUUUUAUAAUAUACAACUAAUUUGUAUUUGUUGA